UCAUACCUACCACACUUAGUAUGUAUACUUAUACAAUUGACUUUCAAAUCAGUCCAGUUUUUAUUUAAAGACGAUAUAACAUUGCGCAGCAUAAAUGUUUUAUAAAAAGUAAAAAUUGUAUUAAUAUAAAUGAUACGCUAAGAAAAGUCAAUAUUCAGUAUAUAAAAUAAACACCUUACAUAUCUGUGACUAAAUAGAAAACAUUACGUGACAAGAGUAACAUUACAACUUACUUAUUUCAUCGUAUUUCACAUUACUCGUUGUUCUGUUAUAAAAAUCAUAUCUUUAAAGAAAAACAUGAAGUUUCUUUUGUCAUUGGACAAUAUACACAAUGGUGGAAAAAAGUAAAUAACAACAGAAACAGGCAAGGGAAACAUGUGCAGAUGCUACGAAGUACUUUCAGGUGGAUGACAGGUUUUUCUAGAAUGGAUACAAAUAAAGAAACAGAAGAAAAAACUAAUAUAUCAAAUAAUGUUGAAGAAUCAGAAAAUUCAGAUUCGAUAGAGGUUGAUAAUUCGCGUACGGUGCUAUUGAAAAUAGCAACGCUAUAUGCUGAACGUCUUAUGAACGAUAUUUGUCUUGUUGUGGAUGGUAUUGAAUAUCCAGCACAUCGCCUUAUACUUUGUGCUUCUAGUGAUGUUUUCCAAGUAAUGUUGAUGAGUCCACAAUGGAGUGAAUCUCAAGAAAGUAGAGUAACUCUCCAAGAGACACCGCAAUGUGCACCUAUAUUUAGUGAAUUUUUGCGAUAUUUUUACACUGGUCAAAUAAAAAUUAAUUAUGGAGUUGUUCUACCCAUAUUAUCUUUAGCAGAUAAGUAUAAUGUCAAAGAUUUAAUAUCACUGUGCCUCGACUAUAUGCAAAAUCACAUUGCACUAGCUGCCAUACAUUGCACCUUAGUAUCAUGGUUACAAUAUACUUCGAAUUGCGGUCAUCACAAUAUUACUCAGGCAUGCCAAAAUUUUAUUAAAUGGAAUUUGGAAUUGGUAGCUAAGACUGCAGAUUUUGGAAACUUUGAUUUAGAUAUUUUGGUAUCAUUAUUACAUCAAAGUAGUUUAGUAAUAAAGGAUGAGAUGACAUUAUACAAGUGCCUGGAAUCUUGGCUAGAUCAUCAGGCAAAUCGGUUGAAUACACAAUUGUCACACGACGAAUUAGAAGUUACGUUAAAACAACUAGUAAUAGCGGUGAUGACCCCCGUUAGAUUUCCAAUGAUGUCUCCUCGGCAAUUGGCCGAACUAUUAUUAUCCCCUUUGACGCAAAAGUAUAAAGAAUUCUUUGUAGAACGUUUGUCGAUUGGAAUGUCCUUCCAUUCAAAUCAGCUACAUAAAAUCAAAGAAGUAUGCUUAAAUGAAGAGGAUGGCGCAUUACUUUUUGAACCAAGAUUGUAUACUGUGGAAACUCACAGUUCGCUGCUUACGAUACAAAACUUUCAUAGUUUACCCUCUUAUCAUACUAGAACUCUUGUAUUUUCAAGUCAUUCAUGUUUAGCAGAAUACGCUGGUGAUCGUGUGUGUGAAUGGAUUGUAGAUAUAUAUCCCAAAGGAGUCUGGUUUAAAAAGUUUUUUCUAAUUGUAUGGCAAGGAACAGUGGAAAUGCCAGAACAUGUGAAACGAUCAGUUAGAUUAUCGCUCACGUGCAAAGAACCUCCUAUAAACAGCGGUACCGAUAUGCGUGUAAAAAUAGGUGUUUUAAUAUAUGGUUUACAAGAUGGUGUUGAACAUAUUACAAGAGUAACCGAAGUCAUACAUAGAUUUAGUCAAACAGAACGUGUUCUUAAUUUAGAUGAUCUCUUACCAUUUGACGAACUCAAUCCACAACAGGGUUCUCCGUCAGAAACUCUGUCUCCUUUUUUAGUAGGGCCAAAUAAAGACAUGCUCAAAUUGCACAUUGUAAUAUCGCCAGCUAAUUAGAUAUUCUAUCGUUAAUUUUUUUUAUUUAGCUUUACUUAUCGGUAGCUUAUUCCCUUUAAUUUGUUAUACCAAAAAUUAUUAUUUCAUUGUGGAUUUUAAAAGUAUUAGACCUAUGUAAGAAACGUGAAACACUAAUCUUACAUGUAUAACUAACAUUAUGGUGUAGAUUUUUUUUCUUAUCAAUUGGCAGAAUGACGUUUUAACAUUAUAUAAGGAUUAAAUUUUAUAUUUGGAAUGUUACAUAUAAGAAAAUAUUGUAAUAAAGUAUUCGAAGACAUGUGUUGUAUUUGGACCAUAUUAAUCAAUCUAUUACAAGAAAAUACUAAGGAAUAGUAUUGUUUUAAGUAGAUACUCUUAUGCGGUUGUGCGAACACAGUAUUUUAUUAUACAAUAUUACACAUAAGGUAUUUUACUAGUAUCGUUAUAAAGAAAUGUAAAAUGUAUACAUUCCCAAUUACCGUUAUGUACCAAAUAUUAGUGUAAUAUACUUGACUUCUGCGAUUAGUAGUAAUUUGUGACUGAAAGAAAGAAUGAAAAUGCAUUUUUUAUAAUUAGAUGUAUUUCUUAUCUAAAAUAGAAAGAAAUUUGUCCUGAAAAAUGUUCUGUUUUGGGUAUUAAAACUAUU